CGGUUACGCAUUUCGUGUCGCGCGUUGUUCUUACUUCGUAUGUGCCUGUACCCCGUUCCUUGUUCGUUUUCGUGAGCUAUUGUUAAGGAUGAUUACGCACGCGUGCGUACGGUACGAAGACGACCACUGUCAGGCAAUUGUGCCGGUUUCCUACGUCAAGGACUUCAAACCAAAAGGACUAAAUGAUUUCGAUGAUCGUGCGAAAUAUUCCGUCCGUUGGACAUGCGGGGAUGGCGACAGCGACGACGAAGACGACCAAGAAAGUUAUUACAAAGCGAGAAUUCUACUCUUGGGAGUUUCCAAGGAAGACGUUGCUGCAAAGAUGGCAAGGAAACGAAUAAGGAUUAAAAAAGUAUUGCAUUCAGAAUCCUCUGAGGAUGAAGUCCCCGAGAAAAAGCAGGACGCAGAGAGACAAGAAAAGAAGCAGAUGAAGGAGCGUCAGGAGACAUCCGGGAAAGCAAGCCUCUUAAGGCUUUUGGAAAAAAAAAGGAAAAAAAUGGACAGUGCCAACUUAGAACAGAACGUGGAGCGGGAGGCAGCGAGGCAGGGCCAAGAAGAAUUAGAGAGGCACACCAAAGACAAAAGGCACAUCAAAAGCUUAGAAAAACAGCUGGCCCAAAAAGAGGAGGAGCUGGUGCAAGUAAGGGGCCUGAACAUGCGACUUCAAGACCAGCUGCUGAAAGAAAUGGAAGAUAAUGGAAGACCACACCAAGCAAGUCAUCUCAUGAGCACAGCGUCUUCACCAAGACAAACCUUGGUCGGCCUUGAUGAGAGUGCAGUGCCCAAAAGAAGGUGCCUCGGUGAGCUGCAGCCUUCGAAAGACGCCCCACUGAGUGUUUGUCGGGAUGACGACUCACUUAUGACCGCCAAGGAAGACAUGGUAGACCUUGGAAGAGGGAUCUUUCUGGCAUCACAGGCAUGGGAGGACGUUCAGGGAUGUGCCAAGACCUCCAUCUUUGUGAAGGAGCUGGCCUUGGCUCUUUAUGGGUCACAGGAACUGAUGGCAAGAUCAGCCAAAGGCAGGCACAGCCCAAGGUUCCCCAACCAGCCAAAGAAACGGCCGAUCUCGCCUAACAAGCUUGCAGUCAUCCAAGACUGCUACAAGAGGCGGCUUCGGGAAAUGGGGAUGCCCGAGAACCUGGCAUCUGAGGAGUCAAAGAAGAAGGUGACAGACCUCAUCAAUGAGAAAAUUGGAGACUUGAGGAGGCGGGCGAAGAGGUGCGUUAUUGAUACAUUUAAUGCUCAUGCAACAUUUCGAACAAAUUUCUCUUCUCUUAUUAAGGCUAUUUGUCAUUCUAGGGCUGAAGAAGCUGCUGCUGCAGAAGCAGCCAUGCGAGAUGAAGACACAGGGUAGAGAAGAAGGAACGGAGGUCACCAACAGCAGCAGCCACAGCUUAAAUAAAGUACAAGAAGGUUUCUGUUCCACCCA